UUGUAUAAUAGUACUGUCGGCUCUAAUAUAACGCGUUCACAUCAAAACAUAGAUAGAUAGAGAGAGAAACAUGUAUUUUGAUUUUGAGCCAUUAGCCACGUUUACCGCUACCGCCAUCGCUAUUUUCUUAAUUUCCACUAUCAAAUUCCGUUGGUUCAGUCCCGACAACUAUCUGCCGCCGCCGUUCAACGUCGUCGUCGAGGAAAUCGGUUACUGUUACUGUGCAGUGUGCCUCGACGAGGUGAACGGUGGCGACAAGUGUCGACAACUGCCCAAGUGUGGCCACGCAUUCCACGCGAUGUGCGUGGAUGCGUGGCUAGAGUGGAAUUGGACGUGCCCAAUCUGCAGAAGGCAAGUUACUGAUGAACUUCCCAAGAGGCAAGGUCAAAACACCCUUUUUUCUUUUGUGCUUUCACGUUGUGAAGAAUUUAUUGCUAAGAUCAAUACUCGUGCUGAAGAAUUCAUGUUAGUUUUGUUCGAGAGCGGUGUUUUAGGCCAUCUUUGAAUUUUGUUUAUCGUAAUCCGACUAAUUCAGAUUUGAUUUAAUUUUUUUUAGCCUUCGACGAGAAUGUUUUGUUUCUCGUUUAGUUUAGGUAUAUUUGUCUAUUAAUUGUUAGUUUGAGCUGUCUCUGUAGGUAAAGAACUGAAGAAAUUAUUAUAUGUAUUGCUCAAAGAAAAAGAAGAAAGAAUUUUUUUGUUA